AUGGCACAAACUUCUUCACCGACUGAAAACCGUCCGUUCUUUGACCGGAGCCCACUCGACCAAGCAAACAGGGGCAGCGACUAUGACCCAGACAAUGCUGGGAGGAGGCCUCCCUAUGCCUCGACAGAAGGCAACGGGAGACAGCCUGAUCGCAGCAACGCAGACGAUGAUGAGGCGCCGCGUCGCAAGAAGGCCCGGUACUCCUCACGCCCACAGCGGUUCUCACUUUAUCCCAAGAUGACCUCCCUGGUUGGGAAUGGGCUUUCUGGCCUCCCGUCGGCUUGCGAGAUGACUCCCCAGGCCAGAACUGUCGUCCAUGACUUCAUGUGUCGCGUCACAGAUUCCACUGGCUAUCCCACACUCGCCAAGCUGGCCACAUCAGCAUCGGCCAAGAAGCUGUGGUUCCAGUACAUGCUCGUUGAUGAGGCUUAUUUCCACUGCUUCGUCGCUCUGUCGGAGGCAUGCGUGGACUUGGCACUUGGCAAGAAGAGGGAGAGCUGCUCGUCCGAAUAUCGUCACCACCUCGCCACAGCCCUGCGCCUCAUCAAUUCCAACCUCUCUAGCCACGAGGCCGUCUCAGACACCAACAUCGCCGGCGUCAUUGCCUUGUGCGACGUUGGCCUGAUUCGUGCAAAUCUCUGCCAAGCUAGGGCCUACUUUGAAGGAUUAUGUCGGAUGAUCAAGGUGCGCGGUGGAACUGGCCAGCUUCAAGGAAACCCGGCGCUUCUCCAGAAGGCGCAGAGCAUCGACAUUGACCUGGCACUGCUGGGGUGGUGCCCUGCCCAACUGAGCAAGUCUGCCAAGGAACUGGACCAGAUAGUUCCCAUUUUCUCCGUCUUGGAGGUUACAUCCCCGCUCGUCAAUGCGGUGCGAAACACCGACCAGGAUGUUUUCAAGGCAGCGCAGGAUGUCAUGAAGAUGUCUCGCAUCUUCAACUCGAGCGUCGCAUCCAGGAAGCUCAGCGCGGAUGCGUUCCACGACAUCGUCAUCAGCCUAUGCUACCGGCUCCUCGGCAUCGGUGCCAUCAGCGGCGCUUCCAAGCUGAGCAACCCCGUGGCCAGGGCUGCGCACCUCGGCCUGAUUGCCUUCAUGACGACAUUCCUCCCCCAUCUCAGCCAUGGCCGGGAUCAGAUGUACCAUGUUUUGGCGCGAAAAUACAAGGCUGCCUUGUCCAACGCCGCGUUUCGCAAAUCGGUCGAUCCCGCCACUCAUCUUUGGCUUCUCAUGGUCGCAGGCCUGUCGGUCCUCGAGGACGGUGAGCUCAAGGAAUGGCUCGCCCCUCGCAUAUCUGAGGUUCUUGAUCAGUUUGGCAUGAAUGAGUGGUCGUUUGCUCGCCGACUGAUGGGCAAGUAUCCCUGGGUCAACAGCGUGCAUGACACCCCCGGGGCCGCUGUCUGGCAAAAGUGCUUCCCUACAUCAACAAUACAAAACAAUUAA